AUGGUGUUUAGUCUCGGCAGCAUUUCCGUCCACGGCAGCUUCGCAGCCUCGACCAUUGCUGUGUACAAUAAUGUUGCCAAGCAGGUUCUUUUCAAACUUGCUGCCUUAUUUCUGCAGCUGUUCAUAUUCAAGCUAUUCGCCUUGCUUGCAGCGAGUCGUAAAGCAUUUACAUCAUAUUUGAUGUUUACUGAGGACUACAUCCAAAGGACACUAUACAUAUUUUCACGAGGGUUUUCUUCAGGCGGAAUCAUCGUUUUCUUCGUCACAAUUUUGCUUUUUGUGGGGACUUGGUUUGAUGCUCUGCUCUGGGGGUUGGAUUCGCCUGGUUAUCUGGCAGAGAAGAGCAACGUUACAGCCGCCAAGAUUGCCGAUCGUUUACUACCAGAACCAGGGUAUCUUGUCUUCUCAAACAGUAUCCCGGGUGACAUCGCGCCUCUCGAUGCACGGCUCGUCGAUAUGAUGGGUGCUAAUCUGUUUGAGCCUGGCGUCAAUUUCACGCUGACUGGAGUUAUCGACCGCGGCUCUCCAAAAACGGUUGCAGCAACCCGGCCCUUUGAGGAAGUUGGUCCAAGGAUAUGGCUUGAUCAUGACGGCUUCUCUGUCUCAGCAGACACAUUCAUCACAUUUUCUGCAAACAAAACCAACGCGACAAUGUCCUUGAAUUGCCCCUGGCAGACCAUGAGCGACAAUGUACAAAGCUGGAAUUGUACGUUUGACAACUUCUUUGCCCUUCAGUUGGCGAUGGAACACACGUUAGGGCGGCCGGAGGUCCAUUGGGACGAUGUUACAGACAAGCGGCUUCAAUCUCAGUACAUCUCUCCAACCCGCGAGGACAAUCCGUGGACCAGUCUCGGCAAAGGCGGUGAUACGGCUUUGAUGAAACAAAUGUUCACCGUCACUAAAGGCCGCAUGCGUCAUACUUUCGUCGAGACUGCAUUCAAGGCUUGCAUGCUAACCGAUUGGCUAGUCCCGUUCAGCCUGGAAGAAGUGACCGAUUUGGUGAAGAGAGCUUGGUCUACGGACCCAGUCGAUCAAUCAAAUCCAAUCAUCUACGACGUUGCUCAGUCUAUUAUCGAUGCACGUAGCCAGAACAGCAGUGGUGUCUUCGGUCUCACCGCGGAGACAGAAACAUCCGUGUCCCAGGUCAACUACGAACUUCUCAACCUUGAGCUCGUACCUGGUGAAGUGGCAUAUUCUCUGUUUCGAGCUUCGGUCGUCAAUAUUACGCUUGUUCGUUCUGAUGAGCUGCCAGAACCGGUCGUGCCGCUAGAGCCCUGCGACAAAUUCUACACGAACAUAGCACUGGGUGGAAAAGUGCGCGAGACAGACUGCUAUAUGUCCUUCAUUGGAAAUCAAACACAGGAAGGUCACCGUUUUUAUGGUCAAGUCGAUACCUCUGCUUUUCUUAUUCUAAAUGGUGUCAUGGGCGAAGGGCGCUUCAAUUACAGUGACAAGGCCUUGAAUCAGCAAGCCUUCGAGUGGGCUGUGAACAACGAUGAGAAAUUAAGCAAUCUAGUGCUAUCUCGGGGAGCCAUUUUAGCUCUAGGCCCUGCAAAUGUCAUGGUCGAGGUCUCCAGCAUCCAGCCAGCAAUUUCGCGUCUUCAGAUCCUGCUGAUCGUCAUCUGUGCUCUGUUGGCUGGUGUAAGCUGGCUAUGUCUGAUUUUCUUUGCCAAGGCCCAUUAUUCGUCUUCGCUACUAGCAAACUUGAUCGCAACUACGAUGAUCACCUCGAAUGGGGAGGAUGUCAAGAGCGGGAAACCCAGGUAUCUGGUUGAUUGUCCAGAGAUCAAUUUGACACAUGAGAAUGGUCCGACAACAUUGAUGGCGACCGCCACUGGCGUAUUCAAACACGUCGACUUCAUAGAUCAUGGCGCAGGAGAAUACUUCAUAUCACAGAACAGAAAAGAAGAUGGCAAUGACGGAAUUGGGAUGGCCAAAACCACCACUAUCUCCCAAUACGAGGUUGUCAGGGAUCAAGAGUAUGACGGUAAUGCUAGCCCAUUGGCACAGGAGGACACCACCCAUACUACCAUGAUCAACCUAUCAUCUAGAUGA